AUGCUAAAGAGGAUGGUCGACUAUACUAAUAGAGUAUGUCUUGCCCCAAUGGUCAGAAGUGGUGAACUUCCAAUGCGACUACUAGCGCUCAAAUACGAUUGUGAUUUAGUUUGGUCUCCGGAAUUGAUUGACAAGAAAUUGAUAUCAACUACACGGGUUGAAAAUACAAAACUAGGGACUAUUGACUACAUUGCGCAGAAUAAUCACAGCAACAAUAAUAACAAUGCAAAGAAGCAAGCUCACCACGAGACUGUUGUUUUUCGAAAACACUCUGAUGAAACUGGCAAACUCAUUUUACAAUUGGGUACUUCUGAUCCUGAUCUAGCAGUUGAAGCUGCCCAAAAAGUGGUGCAAGAUGUCGAUGGAAUAGAUUUAAAUUGUGGAUGUCCUAAAUCCUUUUCAACUCAUUCAGGAAUGGGUGCUGAACUUUUGAAAACUCCUGAUUUGCUUUGUUCAAUUUUGAACAAUUUGGUCACCAAAGUUGGUAAACCAAACGGUAAACCCAUAAGUUGUAAAAUCCGUUUAUUACCCAACUAUGAAGCGUCGCGGAAAUUAGUAGAGCAAAUUUGUUCAACUACUGGAAUUGCUAAUUUGACAAUACAUUGUCGUACUCCAAUAAUGAGAAAUCGACAAGAUCCUAUCUGGAAUUAUUUACCCAAAUUGAUUCCCUUGAUUGAAUCAUAUGGAAUAAGUGUGAUAUUAAAUGGAAAUUUCCAAUCGCGGUUGGAUUUAGAGACGAUUCAACAAGCUUUAAAUAAUGAUAGGCUAAGUAUCAUGAUUGCUGAAGCUGCCGAAUCCAAUCCAUCAGUAUUUGUCAAACUGGAGAGUGGGAAAUCAGUACAGCCACAACAUCAAUUAAUCAACGAAAUUUAUGAAAUUGGUUCAAAAUAUCAUUUGUAUUCCGGUAUCAAAUUUAUGGUUAUGAAUAUCAUUCCUGGAAAAUCGAAAUAUUAUCAGAAAUUCUCCCAACUGAAAAACUUUGAACAAAUGAAGAAAGUCAUUGAUGAAUUGAGCUCGGACGAAGAAGGGAAACUGAAGGAUAAAAUUUUCCAAAUUAUGAAUAAACAUUGUCAAAAACUGAAUUUUUUCAAUGAUUCAGUUGCUUUUGAAACUUCUGUGGUUGGUCAACGACGUCAAGAAAUUAAACAAUUUUUUCAAAAUUGGAAUGAAGAUGAAAUGUUGAAAGAUUUGAAUGAUUCUCCAACUAAAAGAACUAUGGAAAUACCAAAACAUAAAGAAAAGAGGCAAAAGAUACAAGGAGGCCAUAAACAACAGAAGCAACAAAACGAAGAGACGUUUGGUAUCGAUGCGGAUGCAAAACUUGAAGCUCAAGCUGUAGCCACUAACCAAGUAAAUGAGCAAAAAGUACAAGCUGUUUGA